AUGAACCUCCUCUACCGAAAAACCAAGCUGGAGUGGAGGCAGCACAAGGAGGAGGAGGCCAAGAGGAGCUCCAGUAAGGAGGUGGCUCCUGCAGGCUCGGUGGGGCCCGGGGCUGGCCCGGGGCCCGGGGUCCGCGUGCGGGACAUCGCCUCUCUGCGCCGCUCCCUCAGGAUGGGCUUCAUGACCAUGCCCGCCUCCCAGGAGCACGCCCCCCACCCCUGCCGCAGCGCCAUGGCCCCGCGCUCCCUCUCCUGCCACUCCGUGGGCAGCAUGGACAGUGUGGGGGGUGGUCCUGGGGGAGGCGGCGGGGGUCUCUCUGAGGACAGCAGCACACGGAGACCCCCGGCCAAGCCCCGGAGACACCCCAGCACCAAGCUCAGCAUGGCAGGGUCUGGGACAGAGACGCCUCCUAGCAAGAAGGCAGGCUCACAGAAGCCAGCCCCAGAGGGCCGAGAGUCUAGCCGGAAGGUUCCUCCUCAGAAGCCCAGGCGAAGCCCCAACACGCAGCUCUCUGUCUCCUUCGAUGAGUCCUGCCCCACCGCUCCCUCUCCCCGAGGGGGGAACCUGCCCCUCCAGCGCCUCAGCAGAGGGUCCUGCAUCGCGGGGGACCCUGAGGUGGGUUCCCAGGAAGAGGAGCCCGUGUACAUCGAGAUGGUGGGGGACGUCUUCAGGGGAGGAGGGAGAUGUGGAGGGGGCCUGACCGGGCCCCCUCUUGGGGGCGGGGGUCCGACCCCUCCAGCCGGCGCUGACUCAGACUCGGAAGAGAGCGAGGCCAUCUACGAGGAGAUGAAAUAUCCGCUGCUCGAGGAGGCGGGGGACGGCCGGGCCAAUGGGCCCCCCUCGCUGACCAUCGCCUCCUCGCAACACCAGCCUCACGCCCUCCAGCCCCACGCCCACCAUCGUCCGGCCUCAGCCCUCCCAGGCCGGAGGGACAGGGACAGGGACAGGGACGGGACGCCCACCAAGACCACUCCUUGCGAAAUCCCCCCGCCCUUCCCUAACCUCCUCCAGCACCGCCCUCCGCUCCUGGCCUUCCCCCAAGCCAAGUCUGCUUCCCGAACCCCCGGCGACGGGGUCUCCAGGCUCCCCGUCCUCUGCCACCCCAAGGAGCCGGCGGGCUCCACCCCAGCUCCCCAAGUGCCUGCCCGAGAGCGGGAGACGCCUCCCCUGCCGCCGCCUCCUGCCGCCAACAUGCUGCUGCUGGGACCCUCGGGCCGGGCCCGGAGCCACUCCACCCCGCUGCCGCCCCAGGGCUCUGGCCAGCCCCGGGGCGAGCGGGAGCUCCCCAACUCCCACAGCAUGAUCUGCCCCAAGGCGGCAGGGGCGCCGGCAGCCCCUGCCCCCGCCACCCUGCUCCCCGGCCCCCCCAAGGACAAGGCCGUGUCGUACACCAUGGUGUACUCGGCCGUCAAGGUGACCACCCACUCCGUCCUGCCCGCGGGGCCUCCCUUGGGUGCUGGGGAGCCAAAGACGACAGAGAAGGAGAUCUCGGUCCUCCACGGGAUGCUGUGCACCAGCUCGAGGCCCCCCUUGCCUGGGAAGUCCAGCCCCCACGGCGGAGCCGUGGGCACAACGGCGGGGGUCCUCCACCACCGAGGCUGCCUGGCCUCCCCGCACGGCCUUCCGGACCCAACGGCGGGCCCCCUGACCCCCCUCUGGACCUACCCGGCCUCGGCGGCUGGGCUCAAGAGACCCCCUGCCUACGACAGCCUCAAGGCUGGGGGGGUGCUGAACAAGGGCUGUGGAAUGGGGGGCCCAUCCCCCCUGGUCAAGAUCCAGCUGCAGGAGCAAGGGACGGAUGGGGGUGCCUUUGCCAGCAUUUCCUGUGCCCACGUCAUCACCAGUGCGGGGACACCGGAGGAAGAGGAGGGGAUGGGCGCAGCGGCGUUCGGGGCAGGCUGGGCUCUGCAGCGGAAGGUCCUGUACGGAGGAAGGAAGGCGAAAGAGCUGGACACAGAGGCCGAGGAUAACGCCCGGGCCUGGAACGGCAGCUCCGAGGGCCCAGCCAAGGUGGAGCGUGAGGACAGGGGUCCUGUGGCGUCGGGGAUCCCAGUGAGGAGCCAGGGGGCCGAGGGCCUGCUGGCCAGGAUCCACCACGGAGGAGACCGAGGCGGGAGUCGCACAGCGCUGCCCACGCCCUGCCAGACCUUCCCGGCCUGCCAUCGAAACGGAGACUUCACGGGAGGCUACCGCCUGGGGCGCUCUGCCUCCACCUCCGGAGUCCGGCAGGCCGUGUUCCACACCCCCAGGCCCUGCAGCCAGCCCCGCGACGUGCCCGGCCAGACCCACCCCGCGCUGCCGCUGCCGCUGCCCCCGCCGCCCCCGCCGGCCCGCGAGCGCGACGGCAAGCUGCUGGAGGUGAUCGAGCGCAAGCGCUGCGUGUGCAAGGAGAUCAAGGCGCGCCACCGGCCCGACCGCGGCCUGUGCAAGCAGGAGAGCAUGCCCAUCCUCCCCAGCUGGCGGCGCGGGCCCGAGCCCCGCAAGUCCGGCACCCCGCCCUGCCGCCGGCAGCACACCGUCCUCUGGGACACCGCCAUCUGA